AUGUCUCCCUCGUGUCAGUACGAACUCACGGAAAUUAUUCCCACAACCAAUGGCCCCAUCAGGGGCUUUGUUAGUGACGGUAUGCGUCAAUUUCUAGGCAUACCAUACGCUAGCCCGCCGACUGGCGAAUUAAGAUGGCGGCCUCCAGUUGCGCCUAUAGCGUGGGAAGAGCCUUUAGAAUCAGUAUCUUUUGGAAACGUUUGCGCUCAGCAUACACCCAGCUUUCCCGGCUUUGGUCAUACAAGUUACACCGAAGACUGUCUUUAUCUCAAUGUAUUUACGCCAGCUCAUUCUCGCCGAGAACCCGAGGGCUCAAAGAAGCUGCCAGUAAUGGCAUUUAUCCAUGGCGGAGGCUUCUCCAGUGGUGCGAGUAAUGACUACAACCCUAUAAGACUGGUUAAUGAUGGCAAUGUCGUAUUUGUAUCUCUCAACUAUCGUGUCAACAUCUUCGGCUUUUUUUCUCACCCUGCGAUCAACGCCGAGGAUCACCCGUCAGGGAACUACGGUAUUCUGGAUCAACAGUUUGCUCUCACAUGGAUACAGCGCAACAUUGAAGUAUUUGGCGGAGAUGCGACUAAUGUCACCAUCUUUGGUGAAUCCGCUGGAGGCGCCAGCGUUAUGGCACACAUGGUUUCCCCUGGCUCAAUCGGCCUAUUCCACAAAGUUAUCAUCCAGAGUGGAGGAUCACCCCCUACCAUGCCGUUUCCAACCAUUGAAAGUCUCGAGAAGCAAGGGAUUGGCCUCGCAUCUGCCGCAGGUUGUAAGGAGCAAAUACCGCGACAACUUAGACUAAUCGCGACCAAGGAUAUUAUGGCCGCUGAUGCUUUACCAGACGACACCUUUGGAUUGGGGAAGUUUCCCUUUGGGUUAAUGGAAGAUGGGGAAGUUGUUCCAAAAUCACUUCGAGAAAAAUUCUCGACUGGCCAAUUCAGUCGAGUUCCUAUGAUCAUUGGUGUCAACCGGGACGAGUUUUCCUGGUUCCAGGCAAUGAUAGAACUACGCUCUGGAAAGGUCGUUUCCGCGGAUUUUUAUCCACAAAUCCUCACUGAUACGAUCGAUCUACUCAAUACUUUACAUCUCAACGGUGUAAUAGUGCCGUCUGAUGCAAUUAGUCAGGUUCUUGAACUCUACCCAGCUGGAUCGCACCCAAGUGCAAGUAGAGCACUUGCUGCUGCAAUAGGGGAUGCUGGGUUAAUAUCUACUGCCGGCCGGCGGACAACACGGGUCAUGGCUCAACACGUGACAGAGGUGUACGCCUAUGAAUUCGAUGUUCCCGAUUCACCGUCGCCUUGGCCGGAGGUAUCAUUCCCCUAUGGAUCUGCGCAUACGAUAGAGCUACAGUAUCUUUUCCCUCUUUUCCGCGGUGGUAGUGGUAAAGCACAACCCCUUACAGACUCGCAACAGCAACUGGCCAGGCAAAUGGUGCACUACUGGACCACUUUCGCGCACCGAGGCACACCAAACUUCGUUGACGACUCCGCGAAACGUGUAUCACCAUCACAUUGGCUUGCAUAUAAAGCCAAGGAUGAUAACAUCAUGUUACUUUGUACACCAACACCUCACAUGACAAACGAAUGGGGGGUCCGACACAAUUCUGACUUCUGGGACUCUUUUUACUAG